AUGAACAAUCAGUACGCGCGCCGGGAGGUCUUCUGCUGGAACACCUGUCACGAGCUCAAGCGCUUCUGGGAAAGGGAAAUUGGCAAACAGACUUGCUACCGAGAGUCGGAGGAGCAUCGUCUGGGAAGAAGUGCGCUGAGGCGGCUCCGAGAAGAAUGGAAGCAGAGGCUAGAAACAAAGCUGAGGCUGCGGAACAAUCCAGAUGAGACUGACAAGCGGGCCAAUGUUGGCUGA